CUCAUUGAAGCUCGUCGGUCUACUUUGGGUGACCGUGAGUUUGAUCAUAAACAAAGGCUGUUACGUAAUAAAAUCGGGCAAAGCUUGCGUAAGGACUGAGAAACCUGGUGGUCGGAGCAUGCUAAUGAGUUGAAAGCAGCAGCUGCAUCUAGUAACUACCGGAAGCUCUUCCAACUCAUCCGAGCCACUGGCAGCAAGAAGUCUGGUGUGAGCGAAACAAUAUGCGAGGAUGACGGGAUGCUAGUCACUAGCACCCAUCGACGUCUUGGACGAUGGGCAGAAUUUUUCGAAGGGCAAUUCGAAUGGUCUGUUGCUCCGACAACAUCGGUCAGACUGUCCUGCCCUCCAUGGCCGGUGACGACUGAUUCACCAAAUGAGGUGGAAAUCUGCAGGGAACUCCAACUCUUGAAGCGCUACAGAUCACCGGGCCCAGAUGACUUACCUCCGGCUCUUUUUGAAGAUGGUGGUGACAUUCUGGUUAAGGAACUGACAACGUUGUUUACAAGAGUCGGGGAACUAGAGAGUGUACUAACGUGAUGGAAUGAGUCGAUAGUUGUCCCUAUCUUUAAAAAGGGUUCACGUCGUUCCUGUAACAACUAUCGGGGGAUAAGUCUACUUCCGAUUGCGUCCAAGCUAUUGGCUUCCGUCAUACUUCGU